AUGUCUGAAAUCUCCUGGAGCCCAUCAGCUUUGUUAGGCAGGGAGGUGUCGGAGGACGAAUUCUUGCAGUUGGUGCGAGAUAUUCCCAGAGCAAGCGUGGACACGAUUGAGCAGAUUGCUGGUGCAGCUGCUUCGUCUGAAAUGCCCGCAGGGACAGAUACAGAUCGUGCCUUCGAAGGGCAGCUGGUCGUGGCGCAUGUGCUCGCUUUGAAACGCAUAAAGAACCAAACCCUAUACGAGCCUUCAGCCAAGCUUCUCACAGGCCAGCUACAAGCCUCCAAAACGCACGCCUUCGAAGGGCCAGCUGCAAGCCUCCAAAAUGUUUGUUCCACCACACUGAAGCAGCAGGCAAGUGAGGGACGGAUCGUGCGUUCUCGGGUGGGGCCAGCAUGGGCCAGCUACAAAUACGACGUGCUGUCAGCUCGUGAACUGCUUGCCAAUGAAGGAGAGCAGGCGUUGCUUCAAGAAACCACUCAGCUGCAUGAGAUGCAACUGACCCUGGAAACGGGAUACCAGGAGCUCAACAAGCAGCGUCGCAGUAUGGACUCCCUACGGCAGGGAGUUGAACGGCAGCAGAAGAGUUUAGAGGCGAUCCAAGCGGAGAAUUCCAGGCUCAAGGGGGAAGUACUGGAGCUGCGACAGAAGUGCCAGGUGCAAGUGGCCCAGAAUGCCACCCUGAGCCAGGGCAUCGCACAGCGGCGGCAGGCGCGAGCGGAUGGGAACACCCAGGCAGCGCUGUUGCAGGCUGUGCUGAAGCAGGAAGGGACGAAUGACGAGCUCGCGCGAAUGGAGACUGAGCUGAAGAUCUGUCGUGCUCAGUCAGGGAAGCCCUUUGACGAGCCUUUGGAUCCCCAAAAGGUUCCAGUGCUGGAGAUGAUUUGGGAACAUCUCUACCCCCAGAUGAAACGCAUCGGCUCGAUCUUCCACGCCCUUGAGGCGCGGGACAACUCCUGGGCCAUGGACAUGAGAAGGUCCUUAACGGAGGAGCGCACGCAAGCGCCGACCAACGGCAACCAACAGACCAGCGGCAACCGGAGACUGAGUAGGGCUGCCUAUCGUACUGCUGCAGCCAAAUGUUCUCCCGUCUCCGCGUAUCUCCACGUGAAGGUGUCGGAGGAACUACGGCAGCGGGUGGCGCAGGAAGAGGAGGAACGCACCAUUGAAUUGGCAAAGAGCGACAUCUUGGGAGAACUCGAGGAGCUGAAACGGCGUCGCAGGGAUCUGAGCUUGGAAUUGGAGUUGCGCGACUACGUGACCCUAGCUUCGAUGAAGGAGAAGGAGGCGGAUUGGUGGGGCCAAGCUGCGCGAAACGCUGCGGCUUAUGGACAGCUGGAUGCGCAAAAGAUGGCCACGUGGAAACCAGCGCCAAAGGAUUGCGCCCCUCUACGCCUGCGGAUCUUCGGCUACGCUGGACGACCCUGGCAUGUGCUCAAGGCCGUGGCUUUCCGUGGCGCCACCUUUGAUGCCAUCGAUGCGCCCAACCUGCACGAGGGCGUUGGGCUGCUAGGUCUCUCAACGUGGUUCGACAUGUUGCUAAAGCAAGUCCCGCACAGUUACAUCCAGACUAGGCAUUGUGAGGACUUUUUCGUUGAUCGCUUGGAGCAGCACAUGAGCAGCGAGUGGGCGCCGAUGAGUAUCCGAGCCGCCGUGCAAAGUCGUGGUGGCUACGAUGUGAAGAAGUUCAGCAAGACCAUGCCCGGCGCCUUCAACCGCAACGCCAAAGAGCUGGCGGGAAUUUGGACGCGGGAUGCCACUCAAGCUGAAGGGCUAAAAGUAUUGGGAAAAGUUGGAAGUGCACCGCAUGAGCCCUGUGAACGCGUUGCGGCAUGCAUUGCACAGUGGAAUAGGCUGCCCUUAGCGAAGCUGGCCGACAGCAUCAAGCAAUUCGAGUGGUGCAACAAGCUGGGACACAUCACCCCCAGCACCUUUUGUUCCCUCGAAGCCGCGCGCGGUGCUGAUGCCCAACGGCCUGGCGAGACGUCCAGGUCUCGAUCAGCGUCUCCAGUUGAACAUCUGCAGUUCACGGCCCUGUCGCGCCUUUCGCAAGGUGAGAGCAAGUUCUUUGAGCACUUGUCGCGACAGAGCCUUACCACCAAGGUUUCGGCGGUUCAGCUGCAGCUGUUGUUGGGCAUGGCUUUCCGAUGUGAGCCCAUCACUGGAGACCUGGGUUUGAUCUACCUCGGGGCCGCAAAUCUUCGACCGGCACGCCGUGACUUCCUCCCUUGGGACUCCAUUCUGGCGACCUCCUUUGCUGAUUGGCCUGGCGAUGUGUCGCAGUUCUCUGAGGAAGCCUUGGGGGGCACAAAAUCUGCGUUUUGGAACCAGGAAAAGAAUCAUGGUAGCGGAGCCCAAGGAUCCAUAAGCCUAGUGCUGUGGUGA